AAGAUGAUCAGGAAGAGCCAAAACGAAUUCCUCUUCCUCGAUUGAUGUUCUAACAAUUGGCGAUUUCAUUUCUGAAUGCAGAUAAAAUGAUAGUAGCAGUGAAAAUACUGCUACUUUAGUUCUGUAAACAAUGGUUUCUUUGGCCUUAGAUUCCACUAUCCUCCCAAGAACAAGUUGUAGAAGAAGAAUCUUGAGCAGAAGUUUUAGUAGUAGUAUUAGUACGAGAACUAGUGGGAUUUCUCCUCCUGUUAUUGGUUUCAAGAGUAUCAGUAUCAGAGCCUUUCCCUACAAACCUUUGAUUGCUGCAGCUGCUGCUGCUUCAGAUAAUAAUCAAGAAGCAGAAGUAGAAGAAGAACAAGCAUCAAGAAGAAUUGUUCUGGACAGCCUCAGAGUCCUUGAGUGGGAUAAACUAUGUGACUCUGUAGCUUCUUUUGCUGGUACUUGUUUAGGCAAACAGGCCACCAAGGAGCAAUUGUGGUCAUUGAACAAAACGUAUGAGGAUAGUGUAAGGCUUCUUCAAGAGACAAAUGCGGUAGUGGAGAUGCACAAGUAUGGUGCCAUGCUGGACUUUGUUGGCAUUGACACUGCCCUUGUCAAAUCGGCUAUACAAUGUGCAAAGAGAGAUUCCCCUGUUACUGGAAGUGAAGCUAUGGCCCUUGUUGCUCUCUUACAGUUUGCAGAGGCGUUGCAGUUUAAUCUGAAAGCUGCUGUUAAACAAGAUGCCGACUGGUAUCAGCGUUUCAUGCCUCUUUCUGAAAAGAUUUCAGAACUUGUUAUAAGUAGACCACUGAUAAGGUUCAUACAGCAACUUGUAGAUGAAGAUGGCUCUGUUAAGGAUUCUGCGAGUUCUGCUUUGAAACAAUCCCGGGAGCAAGUACGCUUUAUUGAAAGAAAGUUAUACCAGUUGAUGGAAAGCUUCAUCAGGAAUGAAAUGAAAGAAACAUCCUCUUUGGUAGUGAGCAGUGUUGAUGGCAGAUGGUGCAUAACUUCAGGCACCAAAAUUCAAUCAUAUGUCAAGGGGCUACUGUUGUCAAGUGGUUCAGGUGCAGGUAGCAUUCUAGAACCCCUUUCUGCUGUCCCACUUAAUGACCAGUUGCAACAAGCAAGGGCAUCUGUUGCUAAGGCUGAAGCUGAUGUGCUUUUAAAGAUAACAAAGAAGAUGCAAAUGGAUCUUAAUGAGAUUGAAAUCGUGUUCGAUGAUAUGAUUGAACUAGAUGUGAUAAAUGCCAGAGCACGAUAUAGUCUAUCAUUUGGGGGCUCAUUUCCUGAUAUAUUUUUGCCACAAGCCGAGGAUGGUUGCCGUCCAUCUGCUGUUUUGUCAAAGGCAACUACUUCAGUGGUUUCUCAUCCAACCCAGAAGAAUUGGACUUUGUAUCUUCCGAAAGCUUAUCAUCCUCUCCUCAUUCAGCAGCAUCGGCAGAGACUAAUGAAGGCCAAGAAGGAUGUCAAUGAUGCUGUUGCUGAAAUCAGGAGGAGAAAACAAGGAGGAAGCAUGGUGGGAAAGAAAGAAACAGAUUUAUGUAUUUCAUCCUUGGAACAGGAGGUUGCUGAGUUACAAGAAGCUGGUCCAGUUCCUAGUGAUGUAUUUAUUGCUAGAAAUACUAGAGUUGUUGUAAUAACAGGCCCCAAUACUGGAGGCAAAACUAUUUGCUUGAAGACUGUUGCCUUGGCUGCCAUGAUGGCAAAAUCAGGUAUAUAUGUGUUAGCUUCUGAACCAGUAAAGAUCCCUUGGUUUGAUUUUGUCUUUGCGGAUAUUGGUGAUGAACAGUCCUUGUCUCAGUCUCUGUCUACCUUCUCUGGCCAUGUGAAGCAAAUUAGUGAAAUUCUAUCUCAUUCAACAACUUUGUCAUUAGUGCUACUAGAUGAAGUGGGCGCAGGAACAAAUCCCCAAGAAGGCGCUGCAUUGGGAAUGGCAUUGCUUGAAUCUUUUGCAGAGGCUGGUCCAUUACUAACAAUGGCAACAACACAUCAUGGAGAACUUAAAACCCUUAAAUACAGCAAUAAAGCCUUCGAAAAUGCAUGCAUGGAGUUUGACGAGAUGAACUUGAAGCCCACCUUUAGGAUUCUUUGGGGAGUACCAGGCCGUUCAAAUGCAAUCAGCAUUGCUGAAAGGCUUGGAAUUCCAAAUGCAAUUUUGGAUAAUGCUCGUGAACUUUAUGGAGUGGCUAGUGCAGAAAUUAACGAGAUUAUAGUAGAAAUGGAGAGAUUUAAGCAUAAUUUCCAUAAGCAAAUCCAGGAAGCUCAACAUUAUCUGAUAUUGUCGAAAAAACUCCAUAGCGAUCUAGUGUUGACCAGCAAAAAUGUCAAGGAACACCAAAGGAAUCAAAGAUACAAGAUGACACAAAAAAUAUCUGAGACUGCAGGUUCAGCACGUUCAAGGCUUCAUGAGAAAGUACGACAGCUUCGAACAUCUCAUAACAAUUGGCAACAUAGGUCAAUGGUUAAAAAGAGCGAGGACACUUUGACUUCUGUUGAUCUGCAAAGUGAAGCAGGAAGAAGUGAGACCUCCAAUGCCUCUGAGACUCUAACUGCAAAUAAUACGAGGCAGCAACCAGUCCCAGCAGAUAAAAGAGCUGAAAUUCCAAAAGAAGGUGAUACAGUGGUAGUUCCUUCUCUCAACAAGAAAGCAGUAGUUUUGAAGGUGGAGCCAUCCAAGGAAGAAAUAGUUGUUCAAGCUGGCAAUAUGAAGCUGAAGUUAAGGCUGGUGGAUGUAAUCUGAGUAAAACUUUUCUGCCUGCUUUGGCUUCAAAAGCAACCAGUAGUAGCAGUUAUCUGAGAUGUGGCUUUGAGGAUGCACAAAUACAACCACUGGGGCUGCUUGUGGGAGCUUCUGAUUCCAGUCAUUAUUGGCGGAACUGUUCCUCAAGCCCUC